GGGAAGAGACCUUUCCGGGGCGGAUGUGUGGGCACAGCUGUUUUCGCUGACAGGGGUCCCUGCAGCACUCAGCAGGGAAAGAAAGGUUCCUAAGCAAGGAACACUGCUCAGAAAGCACUGUACCAUGUCUCCGAAUCCCUGAGAACCAAGUUGGAAAACUGGAAGCAACGGAAAGCACAAUAAGCGCAAUGGCGGCGGCCGCGGCGGAGCAGCAACAGUUCUACCUGCUCCUGGGAAACCUGCUGAGCCCCGACAAUGUGGUCCGGAAGCAAGCGGAGGAAACUUAUGAGAAUAUCCCAGGCCAGUCAAAGAUCACGUUCCUCUUACAAGCCAUCAGAAAUACAACGGCUGCCGAGGAGGCUAGACAAAUGGCCGCUGUCCUCCUAAGACGUCUUUUGUCCUCUGCAUUUGAUGAAGUUUAUCCAACUCUUCCUGCUGAUGUUCAAACUGCCAUCAAGAGUGAACUCCUAAUGAUUAUUCAAAUGGAAACACAGUCUAGCAUGAGGAAGAAAAUCUGUGACAUUGCUGCAGAGCUGGCCAGAAACUUAAUCGAUGAGGAUGGCAAUAACCAGUGGCCUGAAGGGCUGAAGUUCCUUUUUGAUUCCGUCAGCUCUCAAAAUAUGGGACUUCGGGAAGCUGCCCUUCACAUUUUCUGGAACUUUCCUGGGAUUUUUGGGAACCAACAACAGCACUAUUUAGAUGUCAUCAAACGGAUGUUAGUUCAGUGCAUGCAAGAUCAGGAACAUCCUUCGAUCAGAACCUUAUCUGCUAGAGCAACUGCUGCGUUUAUACUCGCCAAUGAGCAUAAUGUCACUCUGUUUAAACAUUUUGCAGACUUGUUACCUGGGUUCUUACAGGCUGUGAACGACUCUUGCUACCAGAAUGAUGACUCCGUCCUCAAAUCCCUCGUUGAGAUCGCAGACACCGUCCCAAAGUAUUUGCGCCCUCACUUGGAAGCUACUUUACAGCUCAGUCUGAAGCUGUGCGGAGACACCAGCCUCAACAACAUGCAGCGCCAGCUCGCCCUGGAAGUCAUCGUGACCCUCUCUGAGACGGCCGCCGCUAUGCUGAGGAAACACACCAAUAUUGUGGCCCAGACGAUUCCUCAGAUGUUAGCCAUGAUGGUUGAUCUUGAGGAGGAUGAGGACUGGGCAAACGCGGAUGAACUGGAAGAUGAUGACUUUGACAGCAAUGCAGUUGCUGGAGAGAGCGCAUUAGACCGAAUGGCUUGCGGACUUGGCGGAAAGCUGGUUCUGCCCAUGAUCAAGGAGCACAUCAUGCAGAUGCUUCAGAACCCUGACUGGAAGUACCGGCACGCAGGGUUGAUGGCCUUAUCUGCCAUCGGGGAAGGGUGCCACCAGCAGAUGGAAGGGAUUUUAAAUGAGAUAGUCAACUUUGUCUUGCUUUUUCUCCAGGACCCUCACCCCCGCGUGAGGUACGCAGCCUGUAACGCUGUGGGACAGAUGGCGACAGACUUUGCUCCUGGUUUCCAGAAGAAGUUCCACGAGAAGGUGAUUGCAGCCCUGCUGCAGACCAUGGAAGACCAGGGCAACCAGCGGGUGCAGGCCCACGCGGCUGCCGCGCUCAUCAACUUCACAGAGGACUGCCCCAAGUCCCUGCUCAUCCCCUACUUGGACAAUCUGGUCAAGCACCUGCAUUCCAUCAUGGUUCUUAAACUGCAAGAGUUGAUUCAGAAAGGCACCAAGUUGGUCUUGGAACAAGUUGUCACGUCAAUCGCGUCAGUUGCAGAUACGGCCGAAGAAAAGUUUGUCCCCUACUAUGAUUUAUUCAUGCCGUCAUUGAAGCACAUCGUUGAGAACGCUGUCCAAAAGGAACUGAGACUUCUCCGGGGAAAGACUAUUGAAUGCAUCAGCCUCAUCGGUCUGGCUGUGGGGAAGGAAAAAUUCAUGCAAGAUGCAUCAGAUGUGAUGCAGUUAUUGCUGAAGACCCAGACAGACUUCAAUGACAUGGAAGAUGACGAUCCUCAGAUCUCUUACAUGAUCUCAGCUUGGGCCAGAAUGUGCAAAAUCCUUGGGAAAGAGUUUCAGCAAUACCUUCCGGUGGUUAUGGGACCUCUAAUGAAGACGGCUUCCAUCAAACCAGAAGUCGCCCUUUUAGACACCCAGGACAUGGAGAACAUGAGUGAUGAUGACGGGUGGGAGUUUGUGAACCUCGGAGACCAGCAGAGUUUCGGUAUCAAAACCGCAGGGCUGGAGGAGAAAUCAACUGCUUGCCAGAUGCUGGUCUGCUAUGCGAAGGAGCUGAAGGAGGGCUUUGUGGAGUACACCGAGCAAGUUGUCAAGCUGAUGGUCCCUCUGCUCAAGUUCUAUUUCCAUGAUGGUGUCCGAGUGGCGGCAGCAGAGUCAAUGCCUCUCCUCUUGGAAUGUGCGAGAGUCCGAGGCCCCGAGUACCUCACACAGAUGUGGCAUUUCAUGUGUGACGCCCUCAUCAAGGCCAUUGGCACGGAACCGGAUUCAGAUGUCCUCUCAGAAAUAAUGCAUUCUUUUGCAAAGUGCAUUGAAGUCAUGGGAGACGGAUGCCUUAAUAAUGAACAUUUUGAAGAGUUGGGAGGAAUUUUGAAAGCUAAACUUGAAGAGCAUUUCAAGAAUCAGGAACUGCGGCAAGUUAAAAGACAAGAUGAAGACUAUGAUGAGCAGGUGGAAGAAUCCCUACAAGAUGAGGAUGAUAAUGAUGUUUACAUUCUGACCAAAGUGUCAGACAUUUUACAUUCAAUAUUCAGUAGCUACAAGGAAAAGGUGUUGCCAUGGUUUGAACAGCUACUUCCGUUAAUUGUCAACCUAAUUUGUCCGCCCAGACCCUGGCCAGACAGACAGUGGGGAUUGUGCAUCUUUGAUGAUGUCAUUGAGCACUGUAGCCCAUCCUCAUUUAAAUACGCAGAGUAUUUCUUGAGGCCGAUGCUCCAGUACGUCUGCGACAACAGCCCGGAAGUCAGGCAGGCUGCUGCGUAUGGCCUGGGGGUCAUGGCACAAUAUGGCGGCGAUAACUACCGUCCUUUCUGCACAGAAGCACUUCCACUGCUGGUAAGAGUCAUUCAGUCUGCUGAUUCUAAGACCAAAGAAAAUGUCAACGCUACAGAGAACUGCAUCUCAGCAGUGGGGAAGAUUAUGAAGUUCAAGCCCGACUGUGUGAAUGUCGAGGAGGUCCUACCUCACUGGUUGUCUUGGCUUCCGCUCCAUGAAGAUAAAGAAGAAGCAGUGCAGACUUUCAGCUAUCUGUGCGACCUCAUUGAAAGCAAUCACCCCAUUGUUCUUGGUCCAAACAAUACCAAUCUGCCCAAAAUAUUCAGUAUAAUUGCGGAAGGAGAAAUGCAUGAGGCCAUUAAACACGAAGAUCCUUGUGCCAAGCGUCUGGCUAAUGUAGUUCGCCAAGUACAGACUUCCGGAGGACUGUGGACUGAAUGCAUAGCACAGCUCAGUCCCGAGCAGCAGGCGGCCAUACAGGAGCUCCUGAACUCCGCCUGAAGGGCCUGCACACCACCGCCAGAAAACUAACUCCAAAUAAACGUUUACCCUUUUGUUUA